AUGAACACUCAAAGUGCUAGAUCCGAGCAAGUUGUGGUUGUUGACGCUACAACUCCAGAAAAUAGGGACCGUGGAUGUGACCUCAAGAAUACCAGAGAAAAACAAUACCUAUCCUAUUACAUAUAUUCUGAUCACAGAGACUUUGCGUUAAAAACGCCUUUUCAUCUUACUGGACCGAAUUUUGAAUGCCUACUACCAAAAUUCUAUGCUAGAAAUACACACGAACAAGAGGAUGAACAAUUUUUUUUGCAUGAAAGCUCCGGAGAAAUGGCGUCACCAAUGAUUGUAAAUCACGAGCUGAAGAUUUUUAAUUUGGACGUUGACAUUGGCAGGACAUUUCAGUGGAGCAACUGUGUCUACUACAAUGACAGUUUUAGCAUCGACAAGAAUGCAGUCUCAAAAGGCAAGAAGAAGCAACACAAAUACAAAUUCAAAUUGCCUCAUUUUCUGAGGAAAUUAAUUUAG